UUAAAUAUUAUCUUUAUCUUGUUUAACAUGUACUACCCAUCAAGGGGUUUCGCGGGUAUACGAGUUUAUGGGUAAUAUUUCCCAAGAUUCUUUGGUAUCAAAUUGCGAGGCUGCGCGAAACAUCGAAAGUUGAAUUUGCUAUACGAGGAAGAAAGAUAAAGAAAAUAGGAGAGAGAAACAAAAGACGUUCGAAUUUUAUUCGAUGUUACUUUAUCAUACAUUAUCGUAAAUAAUUGAAAUUUUGUUUUAUAAUUUAUAUUUAUUUCGAUUAACAAAUGGCACAUUGCUCGUAUAUGCAUCUUAUAUACUUUUCAUUUCGCCACGAUCAUGGUGAUCGCGAUUGUCAUCAUUGUAACCGUCUUUGUAAAUAUAAUAAUUAAUAUCAAUUUUAAAUAUCAUUGAUGACUACAUAUAAUUACUGAUACAGCAAAUAUUAUUAAUAUAAUGCUUUGCGCGUUAUUUGUGUUAAAAUCAUUACGCGGAUAUUCAAUAUAAUCAUAAUUGGUGGAUGUUCCUGAUUGCACGUGAUAUCUCUUCUAAAUGUUUAUACUUCAAAAAAAUUCGUGCAAGUAUUCACUUUCGUCGAUGCUUACCUGCGGACACGAAACUAAGACACAAAAUAAUGACGUGGAUCAUCGGCGAUCAUCGCGAAACGUUGUUUGUUCGCAGCUCUGGAUUUAUAGAGAAAUAUGUCGACACAAGGUGCAGAACUUUCAAAUCGUUUCGUGACUCGAGAUGUGGAAAUUAUGUCGGAUGAGACACAGAAUAAUCGUAUGGAUAUAUUGGAAUGUCUAUCCGUUUUAAUUAACGAGAAUAACUCUGCAAAUGAUCAAACAGAAGGAUUAACAUUGGAUGAACAUCUACUAAGCGAUGGCACAACGUUGACAGCAGUAACAUUACCCGAUGGAACGCAAGCAUUCGUUGCCAAUAAUUUCAACGAUAAUGAUAUGGAUUUAAAAAGGCAAGCAACAUUAGAAUUGGAAAAUGGAGAUACUAUAUUGCUUCGCAAUGUAGCAGAACUUACUGAAGGUAAACCACUUCAAUUGGAAUUGGAACCAGCAACUUUGGUUCAAGCUCAUCAAACUACCAUAGAGAACGUUGAAAAUUAUCCACGUGUGGAAUUUAUUGAUGGUAAUGCUUAUAUGGUAGCUGGUCACAUCGAUGUUAGUAAUGAUUUGUGGGAAAUCGAAGAUGGUAAAUUGAAGAAGAAGGAUUCGAAAAUUUUAUUAAAUAAAUUAUCCACAUCGAGGAUAAGACAUCCUUGUCCAAGAGAGGGUUGUUCAAAAGUUUACAGUACGCCUCAUCAUCUCAAGGUUCACGAACGAUCUCAUACUGGUCAACGACCAUACAGAUGCACGCAUCCAAAAUGUAAGAAGAGUUUCUCGACAGGAUAUAGUUUAAAAGCGCAUUUACGCACGCAUACAGGGGAAAAACCUUACAAAUGUCCAAAUGAAACAUGCGAUAAAAGUUUCAAGACAUCCGGAGAUUUAUUAAAACAUGUACGAACACAUACUGGAGAACGCCCUUUCUUAUGUCCAUUCAAUGGUUGCGGUCGUUCUUUUACUACGAGUAAUAUUCGGAAAGUUCACGUGAGAACGCACACCGGUGAACGUCCGUAUAAAUGUACACAACCCAAAUGUGGCAAAGCAUUCGCGAGCGCAACAAAUUAUAAAAAUCAUAUACGAAUUCAUUCAGGUGAAAAACCAUAUGUAUGCUCUAUUGAAAAUUGUGGAAGAAGAUUUACAGAAUAUUCUAGUCUUUAUAAACAUCACCUCGUUCAUACACAACAACGUCCGUUCGAAUGUAAAGUUUGUUUUAGGAGAUAUAGACAAAGUAGUACUCUUGUAAUGCACAAAAGAACUGCUCAUGCGUUAAUAGACAACGAUGAUAACGUUGAUGCUCUUUGUAAAAAUUCUAUUCAAGAAUCAUCUAGUCGAAGCAAAGAUAAACAAAAAAGAAACAUUACACGAGAUAAUGGUAAUUCAUCGUUAAAGAUUACAGAAAAAGAUGGGCAAAUACAGAUUUCUAAAGCAAUCGACGAUUUAAACGAUAAUGAAACGCAGAUUUUAUUAGUCGGUGAUCCUUCGCAUAUCGCAGCGCUACAGAAGAUCGAACUAAAUGGUGAAUUCGACGAGCAUGGUAUUGAUACUUCUUUCGAAGAAUUAAAUAUAAAAAUUGAAGAUAUAGAACUUGGAUGGCAUUGAUUACUUCAAAAUGAAGUAUAUUUAAUGAAUAUUAAUUGAAAACAUAAAUCAUUUAUUAUAUUCUUUUGUCUAUUUUGACAAUUUUGUCCGUUGUUUUUUUUUUUUUUUAUAUUAUAUACAUAUUGUAAUUCACUGUCCUAUCAAUUUUCAACAUCGAGAAGUAAAGAUAACUUAGGCUUAUUAAAUUAUUGGGAAUGGUCAUUGAUGAAGCGUUUCGUUUAUCGGCGUAAAAAAAAAAAAAAAAA